UCUAUGUUCUCCUCAUCUGUAUAAUUACAUUACAUACAAUAAUAAUCACUCGCUUUGCAAAUUAACAGAGCUGACAUACCACAUUCAUCUUACCUGUUUUAAAUAAUCAAUUUGUGAUAUAAAUGGAGAAUGAGGAUUUUGAAUUUCCGGCAGCCGGAGAAGAAUUCAGUGAAGAUUUGAUGAUGGACGAUUUACCAGUGACACUCAAGGUUGGUGAAGAAAAGGAGAUGGGUAAACAAGGUUUGAAAAAGAAAUUGUUAAAACAAGGUGAAGGUUGGGACACACCUGAUAAUGGCGACGAGGUUGAAGUGCAUUAUACUGGAACAUUACUGGAUGGAACGCAGUUUGAUUCGAGUCGCGAUAGAGGAACUCCGUUUAAAUUCACCCUCGGUCAAGGUCAAGUAAUAAAGGGAUGGGAUCAAGGGAUCAAAACAAUGAAGAAGGGCGAGAACGCCCUUUUCACGAUUCCUGCUGACCUUGCAUACGGCGAGUCUGGUUCGCCUCCAACUAUCCCUCCCAACGCCACUCUGCAGUUUGAUGUGCAGCUUUUGUCCUGGGUUAGUGUGAAGGACAUUUGCAAGGAUGGUGGAAUUUUCAAGAAGAUUGUGAAAAAAGGAGAGAGUUGGGAGAACCCUAAGGACCUUGAUGAAGUUUUAGUGAAUUAUGAGGUUCAACUUGAGGAUGGGACUGCGGUUGCGAAAGCAGAUGGUGUAGUGUUCACUGUCCAAGAUGGCCACUUUUGCCCCGCAUUUUCAAAGGCUUUGAAAACGAUGAAGAAAGGGGAAAAGGCUGUUCUUACAGUUAAACCUCAAUACGGAUUUGGAGAGAACGGAAAACAAGCUUUGGCUAAUGAAGGUGGAGUUCCACCAAAUGCUACACUAAAAAUCACAUUGGAGCUUGUAUCAUGGAAGACUGUCUCAAAAAUUACAGAUGACAAAAAGGUUGUCAAGAAAAUUUUGAAAGAAGGAGAGGGAUAUGAACGCCCCAAUGAAGGAGCUGUUGUUCAGGUGAAAUUGAUUGGUAAGCUGCAGGAUGGCACCGUGUUCAUUAAUAAAGGUCAUGAUGAGACCGAGCUUUUCGAGUUCAAGACUGAUGCAGAGCAAGUAAUUGAUGGGCUUGAUAGAGCUAUCGUAACGAUGAAGAAAGGGGAGGUAGCUCUUCUGACAGUUGCACCAGAAUAUGCUUUCGGGUCUACAGAAUCAAAGCAAGAGUUAGCAGUUGUCCCUCCUAAUUCCAUUGUGAACUAUGAAAUUGAGCUCGUAUCUUUUGUUAAGGAUAAAGAGUCAUGGGAUAUGAACACCCAGGAGAAGAUUGACGCAGCUGGCAGAAAGAAGGAAGAAGGGAACGCCUACUUUAAGGCUGGCAAUUAUCUCAAGGCAACAAAGAGAUAUGAGAAGGCUGCAAAGUUCAUCGAAUAUGAUACUAGUUUCAGUGAGGAGGAAAAGAAGCAAUCCAAAGCAUUGAAAGUGUCGUGCAAUCUCAACAAUGCUGCUUGUAAGCUGAAACUGAAGGAUUACAAACAGGCUGAGAAGCUCUGCACCAAGGUUUUGGAAAUCGAUAGCCAGAAUGUAAAGGCACUGUAUAGGAGGGCUCAAGCUUACAUGAAUGCAGCUGAUCUGGAUCUGGCGGAACUUGACAUAAAGAAAGCCCUUGAAAUUGAUCCUGAUAAUAGAGAUGUAAAGCUAGUGUACAAAGUGUUGAAGGAGAAGAUGAGAGAAUACAACAAGAAGGAUGCUAAAUUCUAUGGGAACAUGUUCGCCAAGUUAACUGCAGUUGAUUCUAAAAAGACGGCUCCAAAAGUGGUAGAAUCGAUGCCCAUUGACAGCAAGGCUUGAUGAAUACAAGGAUGAAGGAUCUCAUGACCAUCGCAUAAAGUGUAGUAUGAAUACAUAGAUGUCAUGAAUGUCACAUAUAUGUGUCCUUUCGUUUCGUCUUUCUAUGUUGUUUGCAAGCUUCCUUACCCACUGAUAGUGAUUAGGAUGAUAUCAAAUUGAAAUUUGGAUAUUUGAUAAAUAAAUAUCAUUGAGAUGAGUUUGUUUCUUUUC